GAAACCAACAACUCAUUCAAUUUAUAAAACCCUUUAUUUCCUUCAACAAUCCAACACAAUUUCUCAGAGAAAGAGAUGAGCAGCUUUGAAUCAGAAGAAGAGAAGCUUUUUCAAAUGGUUCAUGACUUCAUGGAAUCAUCAGAAUCACCAUCUUCUUCUUCCUCUUCUUCACCUCUUGCUUCCUCUUCUUCAAACAUAAAUAUUUCCACCUCCUUAGCUCUACAGGAGAUCUUGACGAGUGUGACAGAAUCUGAAAGUGAAGUGUUGGAGUGUGUGUUGAAGCAUACAGAGAAAUCUUCUGGUAAUUUGAUGAAGAAAUGGUUAGUUUUGAAGCUCAAAAUGGAUGGCUUUAAUGCUUCUCUUUGUCAAACUUCUUGUGUCACUUCCUUAGGCUUCCCUGCUGGUGACUAUGAAUACAUAGAAAUCAUGUUGCCAGAAAACAAAAAAAACACAAACACAAACAACAGGCUAAUAGUGGACACAGAUUUCAAGUCACAAUUUGAGCUAGCGAGGCCAACACAAACCUACAAAGAACUCACAGAAAAAAUCCCAUCCAUUUUUGUUGGAAAUGAAGAGAAGCUCAACAAGAUAAUCUCUCUCCUUUGCUCAGCUGCAAAGCAAUCACUCAAAGAGAGAGGCCUCCACAUUCCUCCAUGGAGGACCAGAAGUUACAUGCACUCAAAAUGGCUUUCUUCUGCAAGAAGCACUCAUCACCAAAUGGCGAAAAAUUCCAUUGGUUUUAUUAGCAGAGAAAAAUUACAGGAAACAAGAGGUGGUUCACAUGGAGUUAUAAGCAAAAAGAGAAGAGAUUUCAGAGGUGGAUCGUCAGGGUUGUCAAGUCAGUUUUCGGAUAUGGGCAUAAACUGUUGCUGAUAGCUUUAGUUUUUGCUGCAGCUGGCUGCUGAGUUUUCUAAUUUUGGCAGAGAGAUUCUCCAAAUUUUGGAACUUUUUUUUUUUUUGUUUUUUGUUUUUUUGUUUUUGAUGUCUGGCUUGGUACGAUACACUUGAGUAUUGGAUCCUUUAUG